AUGCGUGUUUUUGGAUGCAAAGAGUUUGGAGUGUGCGCUCGUGGGGUCAUUUCAACAACAAACACCUCCCCAUCAUUCGCUCUUAUAAAACAACGAGCAAUUUCUAUUCCACGUCAUUAUUUAUUCUCUAAAAGUUUCAUCAAUGAAGUUCGAGAAAUUAAAUUAAACAAUUUUCUAAAAGACUUUAAAAAUCCCGAAGAAGAAAUGGAAGUAGACUUGAUGAAGAAAUUUAAAGAGAUGGAAUCAUCCAAUCCAUCCCCGUCCUCCUCAUUGGCAUCUAAUGUGAUUCCGAAAGAAAAGAAAAUUUCAGAACAGCCGAUGGAGGUAUUGCUCAAGGAAGGAGAUGAUUGUUUGGAAUCGAAAAUUCUGUAUCGAGCAACAGAAAUAUAUUCUGAAUGCAUUGAAACCUAUCCCAAUGAAUAUUUACCAUAUUUACAACGAUCUAAAGCCUAUUUGAUGAAAGGAGAACAUGCUUUUGCUUUAAAGGAUAUGGACAAGGCUCUUGAAAUAGCAAAUUCAUUUCCUACAUUAUCUCUAGAUAUGAAACAACAUAUAAUUGAUAUUUAUCACAAUAAGGCUGUUUAUUAUUUUGAAAAUUUAAAGUAUCAAGACUCUGAGAAAAAUUAUAAUGAAUGCAUCAAGCUUUGUCAAGAAAUUCUCAAAAACGAUCCAUCAAACCUGCACGCUAAGAAAGUGCUUUCCACUUCGUUAAAUAAUUUAGGAUUUAUUGAACUUGAAAACAAUCAUGUUGAGAAAGCAAUUGAAUGUUUGCAACAAUCUGAGAAAGUAAGAAUGUCUGAACAAGCGCUCUCUUCCAACGAAAUUGAACUCUCCAAGAUUUAUUAUAACUUAGCCCGUGCUUUGAGCAUGAAUAACCAAGUUAUAGAUGCCAUUCAAUAUAUUGACAAGUUUUUGAAAUUUUAUCCACAGCACUACUCUGCUUUGAUUUUAAAAGCCGAUUGCUGCUAUCGAUCUGGAGACUACAAGAAAUCAAUAGAAACUUGUGAUCAGUGCUACGCCUUGCUAAAAUCAACGUAUGAUGCUCAUGAAAGUGACGAUGGAAAAGGUCCUUUCCUCACUCGAUCAGAAAUCAAAUCUCUGAAAAAGAGAAUGUCUUCCAUUUUAUUACUCAAAGGAAAUUGUUAUUUAUCACUUGAUAACAUUGAUAAGGCUGAAGAAGCUUUCAAGCAAGCAAUGGCAUCCAAUCGAUCUGAUAUAUUACCAUACAUUGAACUUGGGAAAAUCAAAAUGACAUUUAGACAAGAUUACGAACAAGCAAUAUAUUAUUUGACGAGUGGAAUUACAAGAUUCGCAUCGUUUGAUCAGGAGAUUCAGAAUUUUGUUUCAUUCGAGACACAAAUCACGACGCUAUUUUGUAGAGCCAAAUGUUUCGAACGUGUGAAGGAUUUGUACAGUGCUAUCAUUGAUUAUGAAUUUAUUUUAAAUCAAGUUUGUCCAAGCUGGUCUACAAGUAGUACUUCUGAGAAAGUUCACAUUGAAAAAGAGUCCACUAAAAAUUCAGCUACCAAUUCUCUCGAGUUAAGUCAUUCCAAAGAAUUUACAGUUUCGUUAAUUAUCCCAACACUGUGCCGUGCAGCUUUAUUGAAUCUAGAGGUAGAUUCAAGGAAUAACAUGAAAAAGGCAUUAUCUCACCUCAACCAAGCGAUCAAGAUUGGAGAAAAAUUCGGAGAAAUUUAUGUUGUUGAGCCACUUCAUCACCGAUAUCAUAUUUAUUUAAAUUUAUACAAUUACUUGUCACAACAAGAACAGCAGGGAAAUUCUGCUGCUGCUUCUACCCACCUGACAAAUGCCACGAACGAUCUUUCAAGAAUAAUUGAAACCUUACAACCACUUAAGGAUCAGAAUACCAUUGACCAAGACGAUGUAAAUGUUCUUAAUAACGCUUAUUACAACAGAGGUGUGCUGAAAUUCAAACAAAAAGAAUAUGACGAGGCAUUGAAGGACUUUGGUCAUGUAGAUUUAGAACGAGCUUGUUCAGAUUCGACCACGCAAGAAAUGAAACGUUUAGUUGCUCGAUGUGAAUAUCAUUGCGGACGCUAUUUUAAGGCAAUCAGCCGUUUAUUGAUGUAA